AUUGUUGGGGGGGGACACUGAGUUUAUGACAUCACAGCUUCAUCGGCAGCAGUUGAUGACAUCACAUGUCAGGUCACAGCUGACAUCAGAUCAGUUUCUGAGUUCUGUGUUUACAGCCCCCCCCCCCAUGAAACCUCAGCUGAUGUUUGUCCACUUCCUGUCCUGACCUGUUCUCCCUCUGCUUCAAACAAACACCAUCAUCACCUCCCUCCUCCCCCUCCCCUCCCUGCCUCAGUAUAAAGGUGGGGGCGUGCCGGUGUCGGGCCGACAGACCUUCUCUGAGCAGCAGUGUGAGGAACGGCAGAGCAGAACCAGAUCAGGCUGGAGCCCUGGUACUCGUACACCCACUGGUUCCCCAUGGCCUCGUCCCAUGUGAUGAAGGAGCCGGAGCCGGUGCCCAGGAUGCAGCCCGCCAUGAUGAUGUUCUCCAGCAAGUACUGGGCCAGGAGGGGGCUGUCGUUGGACUCAGCCAUGUUCGACCACCAGCAGCAACGCCACACUGGGGGGCAGAUGUCUCGGCGUCCAUCCUUCUGUCCAAUCAAUGAGAAGCCAGACAAGGAGAGUGGAGAGGAUUCUGGGAAAACAGCGGUGGUGUUUUCUCUGAAGAAUGAGGUCGGCUGUUUGGUCAAAGCUCUCAGACUCUUCCAGGAGAAGCGAGUGAACCUGAACCACAUUGAGUCCAGGAUGUCGAAACGAGUCACUAACGAGGUGGAGAUCUUUGCCGACUGCAGCUGCAGUAAGAAGGAGUUUAAUGAGCUGUUGGAGCACCUGAAAGACCACGUCAACAUCAUCUCCUUCAACACUCCUGCUCAUGUUUGGUCAGCUGAGGCAGACGGAGACAAUGUUCCCUGGUUUCCCAUGAAGAUCUCAGAACUGGAUCAGUGUUCUCACAGAGUGUUGAUGUAUGGAUCAGAGCUGGAUGCCGACCAUCCGGGCUUUAAGGACGAGGUUUACCGUCAGCGGAGGAAGUACUUUGUGGAAGUGGCCAUGAAUUAUAAGUUCGGGCAGCCCAUCCCUCGCAUCGACUACACCCUCGAGGAGAUCAGGACGUGGGGGGUGGUGUUCAGAGAGCUGACCAAACUGUACCCGACCCACGCCUGCAGAGAAUACCUGAAGAACCUGCCGCUGCUCACCAAGCACUGCGGCUACAGAGAGGACAACAUCCCCCAGCUGGAAGACGUCUCACUCUUCCUCCGAGAGCGCUCUGGCUUCACAGUGCGACCUGUCGCAGGUUACCUGUCUCCCAGAGACUUCCUGGCAGGUUUGGCCUACAGAGUGUUUAACUGCACCCAGUACGUCCGUCACAGCACUGACCCGCUCUACACACCUGAACCGGACACAUGUCACGAGCUGCUGGGUCACGUCCCCCUGCUGGCAGAUCCAAAGUUUGCUCAGUUCUCUCAGGAGAUUGGCCUGGCUUCUCUGGGAGCGUCUGAUGAGGACGUCCAGAAACUGGCCACAUGUUAUUUCUUCACCAUCGAGUUUGGACUCUGCAAACAGGAUGGUCAGCUCAGAGCUUAUGGAGCUGGUUUACUGUCGUCUAUUGGAGAGCUGAGGCAUGCCCUGUCUGACCAGGCCUGUGUGAAGAUGUUUGACCCGAGGACGACCUGUAACCAGGAGUGUCUCAUCACCACCUUCCAGGAGGUUUACUUUGUGUCUGAGAGCUUCGAGGAGGCCAAGGAGAAGAUGAGGGAGUUUGCGAAGACGAUAAAGAGGCCGUUCUCUGUCUACUACAACCCGUACACUCAGAGCAUUGACCUGCUCAAAGACACGCGCAGCAUCGAGAACGUGGUGCAGGACCUGCGCAGUGACCUCACCACCGUCUGCGACGCUCUGGGAAAGAUGAACACCUACAUGGGAAUCUGAGCUCUGAUUGGUCCAGAACAUCAGUGACACCAAGGCUUCUGCAUGACGUCACACCUGUGUUCAAAUAACAUCUGACUCAUCUGCUGCCAUUUAAAGAUUAUUUUAUUAACAGCUUCAUUGUUAUUGAUCUGUCUGGGUUUAAUGUGAUUUAAUCUGUAUCUGAUUGAUGACUGAUUGAUGACUGAUUGAUGACUGAUUGAUGACUGAUUGAUGACUGAUUGAUGAGCUGGUGUCCUGAAGUUAAUCAGCCUGCAUCAUUGCUGCUGUGACAGUUUUCUCAGAUGGAGCUGAAACAGAAUCAGAGUUGAGGUGAAGGUGGAGGAAAUGAGAGCUCAUCAAUCAGCUCAUCAAUCAGACUUUGUACCUGAUUCAGAAAUAAAUGAGCUGUGAAGUUUAGGAUCUUAAAUUAUUGAUCUGAUGUGAAGACUGUGGCUGUGAUUCUGACCUGAGAUCAGCAGAGAAACAGUCUAACCUCUGUGUUUUUAUUGAAUCAGCUCCUUUCUCCUCGUCUCUCUGUGACGUUGUGUUUUUGCUUCUGUACGCUGCAGAAAUAUAAAAUCUGAUAGAAACACAGUGUAACAUCUGAAGCAUUAAAACAGUGUGUUGUUUGAUGUG